CAGAUACUUGGCAGCCUCGAUCCCGUGAAUACGUGUUACCGCUGCCUGGUCCCAUGCUCCAUCAGACGCCGCAAACCCGCGACUGCAACGCGUCCAAUAUCGACAAGUUCGCGACUUCAUUCCCUACCUGCUUCAUCGUCGAAGGGACCUCACGAACCUCACUCGGAGGACGUCCGUCGAGAUAGGCGAGGCACGCCGCAUGAACUCCCUCACAGUGGCCCUGUCCAGCAGACGCAUCCGUUGAGAGAUUGCCCAACAUGUCCAAGCUCGAGAAAAUGUCCAUCUUGGGCGUGCGCUCCUUUGGGCCACGCCACCCAGAGGCCAUCGCUUUCAACACCCCAUUGACCCUCAUCGUCGGUUACAAUGGCUCGGGCAAGACCACCAUCAUCGAAUGUCUCAAAUACGCUACUACUGGCGAGCUUCCGCCCAACAGCAAAAGCGGGGCUUUCAUCCACGACCCUAACCUCGUUGGCGAGAAAGAUGUACAAGCUCAGAUCAAGCUUUCCUUCCGCUCCACUGUUGGUGAAUCCUUCGUCGUGACUAGAAACGUGCAGUUGGCCGUCACGAAGACCUCAAGUAAACAAAAGACCCUCGAAGGAAGUCUCCUGUUACGAGCCAAUGGCGAUCGCCAAGUAUUGUCUACCAGAGUAGUGGAUCUCAACAAGCUCGUUCCCGAGAAACUGGGCGUUUCACCAGCUGUCCUAGAUGCGGUUAUCUUUUGCCAUCAGGAUGAGUCCCUCUGGCCCAUGAGCCCGGGGGCUGACCUGAAAAAGAGGUUCGAUGAAAUCUUUGAGGCCAAAAAGUACGCCAAAGUCAUCGAUAAUAUCAAGCUUCUCCGAAAGACCAAGGGCGAAGAGCUUCGACUACUCAGGAUGCAAGAGGCUCAAGAUAAGGAGAACAAGGAGAGGGCGGACAAGGUCGACAGAGAGCUGAGUAAGCUUAUUCGCGAGCUACAAGAGGAUCGCGACAAGUGCAACGAACUGCAAAAACAAAUCGAGGAUGAGGAUGUUCGAAUUAAGCAAAAAUGGGAGCAGGCCAACAGUUUCCUCAAGAUCGUCAACGAGCUACAGACUAAACAGGAGAAACUCGAAUACAAAAAGGAUGCCAUCGCAGAGUUGCGCGAACGCAUCGAGGAGAGCACAGAGUCUGAUGAAUAUCUUCGUGACGUUCUCAGCCAGUACGAACAAACUGUUAAGCGAAUGAACAGCGACCGAGAUCAGAAGGUGGCCCAAUUUGGCACCCUACAGACGGAGCUCAAGACCGCCCGAGCCAAGCAUACCGCUAAGGUGGAGGAGCAGGGAAAGCAUCAGUCUGACAAGGAAAAGUAUGACCGCCAACUCGUUUCGCAACGUCAGAUGAUCCAAGAAGCAGCUGAAAAACACGAGAUUCGUGGCUACGACGGUGACUUGGAUGACCAGGAGAUCAAUGCAUUUUACGAACGCAUCCAGAAAAUGCUUCAAGACACAAAACGAGACCUGGAACGUCUACAACGCGACAAUGCCGCCGAACUGGACGCAAAAUCCGCCACCAUCACGGAGCUAGAGAGCCACAAGGCGUCCCGCAUUCGAGACCGGAAGAUCUCUUCACAGCGGGUUGCGACACUUCAGAGAGAUAUUACCAAACUUCAAGGAGAACUGAACAAUCUCGAUGUUGACGAAGGCGCGGAAGCAGUACUACAGACCGAGAUGGAGGGGCUGGAGUCCAAGAUCAAGGCAGCGAAAGCUGACAACAGAGUGUCAGAACUUGAUUCACAGAUCACAAAGCUGAACAACGAGGUCUUGACUCUAGAAGCUCAGGGUGCCCAGCUAAGUCGGGAAUUGGUUGAAUGCACCAACCUAGCAUCCGAACGUGCACAACUCGAACUUCGUAAAAAGCAGCUCACAGAACGGAAGCGAGAACUAGACAUUCUGAAGAACACAUUCAAUCAGCAGCUUACCGAUGUUGUCGGCAGAAAUUGGACACCGGAAACCAUUGAGUCAGAUUUUCAAAAAGCCCUUCGACAGCUGAGUGACCGACUAUCUGAGCUUAGAAAGACGAAGGAUUCGACGCAGCAAGAACUGAAGCAGGUUGAGUACAAGCUUACCACUGCUCGUGAGCAACAAAUCAAGUCCGUAAAGGAAAGGGAUAGCUGCAAAAAAGACGUUCUCGAAGCCCUGAAGAAGGUGCCGCGUCAAAAUAAGCCGGUGACGGAGUCGGUAGAUGAUUAUCCAGAUGCUGUCAAAGAGAUCGAGAAAUUGUUGAAGGAUACCGACACGGACCUGGAACUCAAUAUGUAUCUGAAAGAAUACUUCUUAAAAGCGAAGGUUAAGGCAGAGGAAAAGCACAAAUGCUACCUCUGUGAGCAAUCGCUUGGCGACGAGAAAACCAUGAAGCGAUUGAUGAAGAGGAUUCAAGAUAAGAUUGAUGACAAAGAUAGAGACGAGCUGCUUGAGGAUCAAGCCUUGUACGGACGUCACCUUGGAACACUGAGAAGUGUGCGGACGAAGCACGAAACAUAUGGACGGUUGUGUAAGGAGCUGCCGUCCAUGGUCGAAGAAAUCAACUCGCUCACGCUUCAGAAGGAAAGACUGGUUCGACAGCUUGAAGACCAGGAUGGCGCUUUCAAAAUUGCCGAAGAGAAGCGGAAUGCGGCGGAUGUGCUGAGCAAGAGCGUACUGAAAAUUGCGCAGACUGUCAAGGAUAUUGCGGAUUCCGAGAGACACAUCGAGAGAGCACAGCAGAAUUCGAGCAAUCAGGUGCGCAGUGCUGACGAGAUUAACGAUGACCAAACAACCUGUGCAGAGCAGUUAAGAAUUGCCCAAGCCAAGUUGAGCAAGUCAACCGCCGAACGACAACGGUUGAAGGACCUGGCCGCUCAGCUCGAGGUUGAGAAAUUGGAGUUGAAGCACAAAAUCACGGAGGCCGUCCAGAAAUUAGAACACAAGAAGCGUCUCCAGGACACGAUUAAGAAUCACAGAGACGAGCAGAGCGAACUUCGCAAAAACAUGCAAGACAUUGACAAAGAGGUCGAGGGCAUCGACCCAGAAAUCGCCAGCGCAAGAGCCGCGCUCGAGGAAUCUCGGAAGCAGGGCCGUGCUAGAGAGCAGAGGAUCGCAGAGGAACGUGAUGGAAUCGCCACUACGGUGAGCGAGCUCAAGAUAAUCAACCGCGAAAUCCAGGAUUAUCUCGACCGAGGAGGUCCUGCCAACCUUGCUUCCAACCAGCGGACCAUUGCCAGCCUGGAGAGCACCAUCGCUGCCCUCGAGAAAGAGAUGAAAGACGUCACCAUUCAGAUCAACAAGCUGAACAAGGAGAUCGAUAAUAGCGACGCCAAGAGGCGCAACAUCGCCGACAACCUCACAUACCGCAAGAACCUGCGCGAGCGCGAUGCUCUCGAGGAAGAAAUCGAAGAGCUCGAGUCCCGCAACGCACAAGAGGACUACGACCGUCUCGUCGAGGAAGCGCACUCCUUCGAAUUAUACCGUGGCAAACUCAACGCCGAACGCCAGCGGCUCAUGGGCUCCAUGUCCACCAAGGACGAGCAGUUCCGCCGGCUCGAAGAGGAGUACGAGAUUGAGCUCAAGGGGGCGCGCGCCCGGUACAAAGAGAGCCACAUCAAAGUUGAGACGACGAAAGCGGCCAUCGAGGACCUCGCACAGGGCAACAUGGCGCUCGACCACGCCAUCAUGCAGUACCACUCGCUCAAGAUGGAGGAGAUCAACCGGACCAUCGCCGACCUUUGGCAAAGCACGUACCAAGGAACCGACAUCGACACGAUCCAGAUUCGGUCCUACAUGGAAUCGACGGCUUCGGGCGCCACCAAUACGCGCCGCGUUUACAAUUACCGCGUGUCCAUGAUCAAGGGCGACACGGAAAUGGACAUGCGUGGGCGGUGCAGUGCGGGUCAAAAGGUGCUGGCCUGCAUUAUCAUUCGCCUUGCCCUGGCCGAGUCGUUUGGCGCUAAUUGUGGCAUGAUUGCGCUCGACGAGCCGACGACGAAUCUGGAUAGUGACAAUAUCCGCAGUCUGGCGGAGAGUUUGCACGCGAUCAUCAAGGCAAGGCGGUCACAGAACAAUUUCCAGCUGAUCGUGAUCACGCAUGACGAGGAGUUCUUGAAGCAUAUGCAGUGCAGCGAUUUCUGCGAUAGUUUCUUUAGGGUAAAGAGGGAUGAGAAUCAGAAUAGUGUCAUUACGAGGGAGAGCAUUACGAGGAUUUCGGAGUAAGAGAGGUUGGUGGUAGGAAUGCCCAAGUUUGAUAUUGAGGGCAUCUCAGGGGGGCUGGGUUGUACAGGUGGCAAAGGAAGAACAUGAGGUCUAGAUUUUUUGUUCACUGAGCAGGCGCCUUUCUCUCGGAUUGCAUAUUCAAGUAUGUGGGUUCCAAUGCCCAUGUUUGUUUCACGAUCAAUUUGGCCGAUCCAAUUGAUUAGCAUGAGUUACGUACUGGCCACAGACGAAUUUGCAAGAGGUUUCAUCGUAACAAGAAUACCGUUAACAAACUGAACGGCUCG